AUGAGCGGAUCGGCUCCAUCCAGGCCAUUGCUGGCGAGCCGGCAAAACUUGGCCACGAUCCGUUCGAAGAGCGCGACGCAUCGAGCCCACGCUGAUCGACCAUCGUCUUUGCCCAGAUCGUUCCUCGGAGCCCCCGCUCAAGAUCCCGUUGCACCCUGGCGCGUCCAAUUCCUUCUUUGGCGAUCCAGGGGCCCGCGGCUGGGCCUCCAGAAGGCCGAGCAGGGCCAGGAGAAGGACACGGAGGAGGUCGGGACGGGCACGCCGACGGUCGGGACGGGCACACCGACGCAGCGCUGGAAGAAGAAGAAGAAGAAGGGGAAGAAGCUGCACGACCUCGGCUUCAAUUUCGAGGCGCUUUCCACCGGUGUGCAGGCGGCGCUGGCCUGCAGCGCGGACGAUGCCGAGUUGAGCUCCUGGUGCUUUCUCGUGCUUGUGGAGCGGGCAGGCACGCCCCUCCGUGCCUCUUCGCCUGGCCACGUGGGACGCAGCGGCUUCGCACCAUCAUAA